CAGUCGAACCGUCACGGGUCGCUAUGGAUUACACGGGCAGCUACUACAUGGGGCAGCGCGUCAAUGGCAGAUCCUAUUCACCAGAGAUGCCAGGUACCUCAAGCUCCUCCAGAGCUUUCACCUCUCCAGGCACAAUGGAAUCCUGCCCUGCUACUGCCUCUUCGCCUUCCUCUCCUUCAGAUUUUCCUUGUGGACUUUUGCAGAUUGGAGGGAAACGGCACUUACACCCUUCCAACAGGAACCAAAUAUGUUGGUGAGAUGAAAGACGGAAUGUUUCAUGGCAAAGGCACCUUGCAUUUCCCCAGUGGGAGCAAAUAUGAAGGAACUUGGGACUGUGGAAUAGCCAUAGAGGGGAAAUACACCUUUGCGGAUGGCUUGGAAUACAAAGAUGACAAGUGGCAUUACUGUGAUGGUUAUGACAGACGGUUUUAUACAGAAAUCUGCAAUGGCCUGAAGCCAGCAGGCAUUUCUCAGCUUACAAACUUGGAUCCUCCUCGGCCCAUCCCAGAUGGCUGCUAUGACUGUGGCGAUGGUUUCUACAAUCCUGAAACCAGAGUGGUGGUCGAUUAUAAACACCGGUUUCUAAGGAAUGCAGAUGACAACGAACAUGAGCAAAUCAUCCGUACUUGCCGAAAAGGUUGGGACGAGAUUGUUGGCUUUGUACCGAAAGCAUGAGCCCCCUCAGCGAAGCAAAGAAUCACAAGCACUGUUGGUGUCUAACUUCCUUGUCGAAUGACGCAGCCCCUAUAAUUUCUACAUUAAGGUAGUUUUUGUUACCUUUACUAAGGAAAUAAAAUGUAAAGCUUCACUUCA